GUAUUUUUUUUUUUUAUAAUCUACAAACUUUUCUUUCUUCUUUAUAUCUUUUAAAAAUUAAUUUUUAUCAGAAGCCCUCCUCAUCUCUCUCUCUAUCACAUGACGAAAAUUGACCAAUGAAAUCCGACCAACAUCACAGCCUCAUGCCGUCCAUCGUAGUUUCAUUGAUGUAAUUGUUGGACACAGAUGAAAAUAUUUGACUCUAAUUUAACCGUCAUCGAGAUUUAUAUGUGAAUAUCAGAAAGACUCAAGGAAGAUGAUGUACAGCUCAGUUAUAACACUAUUUAUUUAAAUCUAUGGUGGAAUUACUGAAAUAUUUUCUGUGUGUGACUAUUACCAACAUUCUAUGUGGGAAUCUAUACGAGAUAGUUUUGUAUUCUAAUGAGAUAUGGAUGAGUUUACAAAGGAAUGUGUCCCAGCCAUGUAUAUUGUCAAGUUGAUGGAGAAACAGCAGUAGAAAUACUUGUCAGAAGGAAUCAAAAAAUAAGGUCUAAGAAAAGAAAAUAAUGAAAUAUGUUGAGAGAAAAUUGAUAGACAAUGAAUUGUAAGAGAAGCAGUCUAAAAAGUUUGAUUUUCCUGGUGUGUUGAAAGAGUAAGGCAAAACGUCAUACCAGUGUGAUAUCUUUAAAAUGUCAUUCUCUCAAACAAACAAUUUUAUUCACAAAUGCAUUUAUACAGGAGAAAAGCCAUAUUCCUGUGAUAUCUGCAAUAAAUUAUUUUCUAGAGGUUUUGACUUAACAAGACACAAACGCAUUCAUAUGGCACAGAGACCAAAUCAUUGUGAUACUUGUGGUAAAUCAUUCUCUCUAAAUGAUCACCUAACUAAACACAAACACAUUCACACAGGAGAAAAACCAUAUCAUUGUGAUAUCUGUGGCAAAUCAUUCUCUCUGGAUGAUCACUUAACUAAACACAAACGCAUUCAUACAGGUGAGAAAUCAUAUAACUGUGAUAUCUGUGGCAAAUCAUUCUCUGGAAGUAGUGACUUAAAAAGACAUAGACGCAUACAUACAGGAGAGAAGCCAUACCGCUGUGGUAACUGUGCUAAAUCCUUCUCUGAAAAAUCUAAAUUAAAUAAACACAAACGAUUUCACACAGGUGAGAAGCCAUAUUGCUGUGACAUCUGUUAUAAAUCAUUCUAUGGAAGAGGCGACUUAACUAAACACAAAUGCAUUCAUACAGGAAAGAAACCAUAUCAUUGUGAUAUUUGUGGCAAAUCAUUCUGUGGAAGUAAUGACUUGACAAGACACAAGCGAGUACAUACAGGUGAGAAGCCAUAUCACUGUGAUAUUUGUGGCAAAUCAUUCUCUCUAAAUGAUCACUUAACUAAACACAAACGAAUUCAUACAGGAGAGAAGCCAUACAAUUGUAGUAUCUGCAGUAAAUGCUUCACUAGAAGCGGUGACUUAACUAAACACAUACGCAGUCACACAGGAGAGAAACCAUAUCACUGUGAUAUCUGUUAUAACUCAUUCUCUGGAAGUAAUGACUUAAGAAGACACAAACGCAUUCAUACAGGAGAGAAGCCAUACCACUGUGAUGCUUGUGGCAAAUCAUUCUCUCUAAAUGAUCACUUAAGAAGACACAAACGGAUUCAUACAGGGGAGAAGCCAUAUCAUUGUGAUAUCUGUGGUAAAUUGUUCUCACGAAAUGAUCACUUGACUAAACACAAACGAAUUCACAUUAGAUAGAAACGAUGCAGUGAUUUUAACGGAGGAAAUAACAUAAUUACUUGCUGUCACAUUCCUAUAGGAGAGAAGACAUAUAACUGAUAUUUCUGGUAAAUCAUUCACUUGGACAAGUCACUUGACUACGUGUAUGUUUUAUUUGGAAGAGUAACUGUGUCAGCAUCUAAAGUAAUUCUCUAAGAAAACUAGCAAAUAUUAAAUUGUGCACACAGGACAGAACCAUGUGAUAACAACUUCCCAGCACUGUUGUUUUAUAUAAACACUAUUGUAUCUAAUAAAAGCAUUCUUUGAAACAA